AUGAGUAAGAGAUACUUACAGAAAGCAACAAAAGGAAAACUGCUAAUAAUAAUAUUUAUUGUAACCUUGUGGGGGAAAGUUGUGUCCAGUGCAAAUCAUCAUAAAGCUCACCAUGUUAAAACGGGCACUUGCGAGGUGGUGGCACUCCACAGAUGUUGUAAUAAGAACAAGAUAGAAGAACGGUCACAAACAGUCAAGUGCUCCUGCUUCCCUGGGCAGGUGGCAGGUACCACACGAGCUGCUCCAUCUUGUGUGGACGCUUCAAUAGUGGAACAGAAAUGGUGGUGCCAUAUGCAACCAUGUCUUGAGGGAGAGGAAUGUAAAGUUCUUCCAGAUCGGAAAGGAUGGAGCUGUUCCUCUGGGAAUAAAGUGAAAACAACUAGGGUAACCCAUUAACAAAGGAUAAAUCAAGUGAUCCUCAAGGCUGAUUACAUUGAACAUCAGCAUAGAAACAUAACUCAUGAGGUGAUCU